AUGGCGGAUGCAACGUCGAGAAGAGCUCUAAAAGAAAUCCGCUCGACUUGUGGGAAUAACAUCUGUUUCGAGUGCGGCAAGCUCAAUCCUCAAUGGGUCUCUGUAACUUACGGAAUCUGGGUCUGCGUAGAAUGCUCUGGAAAACACCGACUCUUGGGCCUCCAUCUUUCUCAAAUCAAAUCGAUCACGAUGGACAAGUGGACAGAAAAAGAAGUCCAAAAAGUCAGAGCAGGAGGAAAUUCGAAUUUCAAAGAGUUCCUCGAAGCCCACGACGAUUACGUUGCAGAAUGGACGAUUGAAGAAAAGUAUAACUCAAUGUUGGCUGCGUUGUACAGAGAUAAAGUAACAAUCGAAGCAACUGGCGAAAUCUGGAUCGAAGAAGAAAGCCCCAUUUUCAUCAAUUCAAAGCCAACUACAAAAUCUUCCGAUACAAUUUCCUCACAGCUCUCGGAGAUCUCGUUGACAGAUGCGAACGAUCCGACAGAACAGAGAAUACCGAGGGAUGCUAAACCAGCAGAAGUCAAGGUCGUGGAAGUUGAGGCAGAAGAAGAGCUUGAUACUUUUUCGAGACUGGGGCAGGGGCUGUCUCUUGCUUCUGGCUUUAUGAAGAGCACGGCAGAAAUGGCAAAGGCAGAGCUCAGCGAAUUCAAGGAGCAAAACGAAAGCCUGGACAAAACGAAGCAAAACAUUUCCAACACACUUUCCAGCUGGAGCUGCUGGGCUUCCAACACGCUCAACAAAGUAUCCGAUACUCUCGUCGACGGCCUCUCAAAUGGCGACGAAAAGAAAGAGGAAGUUCCGCAGUCUUCUUUUUGGUCCGGUUUUGGGCAGAAACGACCUCCGCCAAUGUGUAUGUCGGUUCAGUGUUACUCUGUUGAGACGAUUUCGGAUAAUGAAGAGUAA